AUGUUCAUGGAUACUCCAGCCUCGGCCGGGACAUUUCAGCAAACAUUUCAGGCCCCAUUCAAGCCCAGCUCAUCUGAUGUUUUCAUCGCCCUCAUGGGAAUGACAGGUGCUGGCAAGAGCACCUUUAUUUCGCAUUGCACGGAAGAGGAAGUCCGUAUCAGUGAGCCAGGUGCUCUCGAGUCCUGUACACAGGAGGUUCGGGUUCACAAGUGCAAACAGUUCAGUCCGUUUGCCAACGUAUAUCUCGUGGAUACACCGGGCUUUGACGACACUACUCGCAAAGACACCGACAUCCUCAAGGAGAUUGCAGGCUGGUUGACAGAAACAUACCAGCAGAAGAUCAAGUUACGAGGCAUCCUUUAUUUGCACCGCAUUUCCGACAACCGCAUGGGAGGAUGUGCACACAAGAAUCUCGUCAUGUUCAAGCGUCUUUGCGGUCCUGAAGGCAUCAAGAAUGUGACAUUUGUCACAACUCACUGGGAGAAAGUCACCCAGGCCGAAGGCGAAAGACGUGAGUCGACUCUUCAAUCAACCAAAGAGUUCUGGGGUUAUUUCGUGGACAAAGGCGCCACUGUUCGCCGGCACGAAAACACUCAAGAUUCUGCCCUGUACAUUGUGGAGCAGUUUGUGCCAGGCUGGUCGGCCAGAGCACCAGAUGAGGUCAACCUCGCUAUCCAGUCAGAGAUGGUCGACUCUGGAAAAGACCUGAACAAUACAGCAGCUGGUAAGGAACUGCAGGAUACUCUCUCAAAGGAACGAGAGAAGAUGAAGCAAGAAAUGGAUGCCCGAGAUCGAGAAAUGAGGGAGGCUCUCAAAGCUCGUGACAAAGAGAUGUUCGAAUUUCUCCGCGAGGAGCAGGAAAACCAGAGAGUUGAGUUGAGACGUAGGAGCAGAGAAAUGGACGAGCUCAAGGUCAGCAUGGAAAGGAUGCACGCAGAGAGGGUUGGAAAACUUGAGGCUCGGCUUCAACAACAAUAUGAAGAAAACAAGGCGUACCGUGAGAGCGUCCAGCGAAGAGACAAGGAACACACUGCAGAGAUGGAGAGGAUACAAGCUAAGCAUGCUUCUGAAAAGAACCGUCAGGACGAUAUGUUACAGAGUCUCAAGUCUCAGAUCAACGAGCUGAAGCGGCGAUCGCCUCAGCCGCAAAACACUCCGCCUCCAUUCCCGAACAGUCAUACCCAACAGUACAAUGGGUACAACAGCCCCUACGAUGCACGAAGAAACAUCCAUACGCAACGACCCAUGGAGGAUAAUUUCCUGAAGUAUCGUGGAAGCUACCUCUCCAAUUGUUUGACUUGCGGCAAGUACUUUCACAGUCGCGAGAAGCUCUUUCGUCACCUUGAAGCCCAAAAUCAUGCUCGGGAUAUAAAGACGGGGCGACCUGAGGGGAGUCCAUACCUGUACCAGUCCGGGUACACCAAUUAG